AUGGCGGAAACCGAUCUCAAACGCGAAGAGACGCGGCCAGACUCGGUUCACGAUCUCAAGCAUGGCGGUGUUACUAGUGAAGCCAUCGAGGCUAUUCGAGCCGAGCAUGAGCUCACCUUUAGCGAGGCCUUGAAGCUGUAUCCCAAGGCCAUUGCCUGGUCAGGCUUUGUGUCUAUUGGUGUCAUCAUGCUUGCCUUUGAUCCUCAGCUCAUCGGAAACCUCUACUCAACGCCCCAGUUUGCUCGUGACUUUGGACACCUAUACAAGGGUGAUUGGGUAAUUCAAGCAUCUUGGCAGACUGCUCUCUCAAUGGGCAACCCCAUCGGUCAGGUCGUCGGCGCCCUCUUCGCUGCUUACCCCAUGGAUUACUUUGGUCGAAAACUCACCUUUGGCGUGUGCGUCAUCCUUACCGCCGGCAUCGUCUUUAUUCAGUUCUUCUCCAAGAGUCUCAGUGUUCUUCUUGCCGGAGAGCUUCUGGCUGGUCUCGUCCUGGGAAUGUUCGUCGUCAUUGCUCCGGCUUACGCCUCCGAGGUCUGUCCCACGGCGCUUCGUGGUCACCUCACCUCAUUUGUCAACCUUUGCUUCGUCAUUGGCCAACUUUUGGGCAACGGUGUCACUGCUGGCACUUCCAAGCUGAACAACCACUGGGCCUACAAGAUCCCUUUCCUGCUCCAGUGGUUUUGGAUCCUUGUCAUUCUUCCUGGCAUGUGGUUCAUCCCCGAGAGUCCCUGGUGGCUGGUCCGUAAGAACCGCUUGGAAGACGCUGAAAAGUCAUUGCGGAGAUUGGCAUCGCCCAAGGUCAAUGUCCAAGCUACCUUAGCCUUCAUCGUCGAGACGGAUCGUUUGGAGCAGGAGCUCGAGGCUGGUAGCACAUACUGGGACUGCUUCAAGGGUGACAACUGGCGCCGUACCGAAAUCUCCAUGGGUGUCUACUGCACUCAGGUUCUCAGCGGCAUCUAUCUCAUCAACUACGGCACCUUUUUCUUCCAGCAAGCUGGUCUUCCCACUGACCAAGCCUUUAACAUGUCCGUUGGAUUCUUGGCUGUCGGCUUUGUUGGAACUCUUGUUUCUUGGGUUCUCAUGCUCAAAUUCGGUCGCCGAACGCUCUUUGUGUCGGGUCUCGCAUGGCUCGUCGUCCUCCAGUUCGUCAUCGGUAUCCUCGAUUGCAUUCCCGGCCGACCUUCAGGUGCCAUCUGGGCCGAGUCGUCACUCAUGCUCAUCUGGAACUUCUUCUACGACAUCUCCAUCGGCCCCGUUUGCUUCGUCUUGCUCGGUGAAUGCUCAGCUACCCGCGUCCGUUCCAAGACAAUUGCUGCCGCUACUGCUGCUCAAGGAAUCUUGGGCAUUGUCAUGACCGUUGCCAUUCCCUACAUGAUCAACCCGGAGCAGGCCAACUUGCAGGGCAAACUGGGCUUCUUCUUUGGUGGUCUUGCUCUGAUCUGCCUCGUUUGGUCUUACUUCCGCGUGCCCGAGACAAUGGGUCGCACGUUUGAGGAACUCGAUCUACUCUUCGACAAGAAGGUGCCCGCAAGACAAUUCAAGGGCUAUAAGCUGGAGGGUGCCGUGUCAGCGGGCGCAGCGUAA